GAUAAUUUCGCCGUGACGAAAAAUUGCGAUUGCGAAAAAAAUUGUAUUCGCCAGAGAUACUCGUCAAGUUGCAUGUGGCCUUUCAUCCUGCAGAUAGGAUCGCAACCAAAUAUUAAUUCGAAGAAUUUCGUCCCGAACUUCGCACGACCACUGAAACAACCUCAAAAUGCCUGCGCCCACGGCUCUGCAAAGAGCCCCGGAAGAGUUGGCAAACGAGGGCGUGCCCAUCGCCGCACCAGAAGAACACAUGAAUGAAGACAUUCUAAUUGCGACUGAAACUUCGCUUCCAGAGGAUCAAGAUGCGGAAGAUGGCGUAUUUGAGUCAAAUAUGGAGGUAGACAGCGAGAACACCGCUUUGUUUGCCCCAGAACAAGCGGGCAAAGCAAGACAUCGAAGAGAGGAGCGAAAAGUGCGAGUGCCACCGCAUCGCAUGUCUCCACUCAAAGCCAACUGGGCGAAAAUAUACCCGCCCUUGGUUGAGCACCUCAAACUACAGGUGCGCAUGAACAUCGCCAGCAAGGCCGUUGAGCUUCGCACAUCUAGUCGCACUACGGACACAGGCGCGAUUCAGAAAGGCGCAGAUUUCAUUCAGGCCUUCUGUUUGGGCUUCGACCUUGAUGAUGCAAUUGCACUUCUCCGAUUAGACGAUCUGUACAUCCAGACUUUUGAGGUGAAGGACGUAAAGUCUCUUCAAGGCGAGCACCUCAGUAGAGCGAUCGGCCGAAUUGCCGGAAAGGACGGGAAAACAAAAUUUGCCAUCGAGAACGCAAGCCGAACCAGAAUUGUUCUCGCAGAUCACAAGGUGCACAUUCUCGGUGGAUUCAAGAAUAUACAUGUUGCGCGGGAGGCAGUGGUCAGUCUGAUUCUGGGAAGCCCACCUGGCAAGGUUUACGGUAACCUCAGGACGGUCGCUGGGAGAAUGAAGGAAAGAUUUUGAAAGUUUCAUGUUACCCAGAUGAUAGGAUGAUCACCAGUUUAGCGUAGGCGUUAAGGAGUUUGCAAAUUUGUCGUAGGGACAUCAAAAGUUUAGAUGCGGCCAUGACACUCGAUGAGAGGGGAGAAAGUGGCCGCGGCCCUAGUCAUAUGCUAUGCGAUUCAUGUCGAUUUGAUGCCUCCACGAAAAGCGUCAUACUUUUGAAGGAAGGCUACUAUCGUGGGCAGGUCCCUGCUCCAAUAGAACUUCGAAGCCGAAGCGUUGGCUUCUUUCCGCGACUCGAUGAAUUCAGUGACACCCAAAUUUGCAAGAGACAGAGGUAAAUCUGUUCUGAGCGGGGCAAAUGCCUUGCUGAAUUUGGCGCCUAAUUCCUGUUCCGGAAUGUCACAAAGCCAUAUACCUAAAU